AUGAAACGAGAGAAAAAAUAUGAUAAAUUAGCUAUAGUUUUAGGAGUGGCUGCUGUAGGAGCAGUAAUAGCUUAUUUAACUAAGAAAUAUUUAAGUAAAGAUUCUUUUGAUGAAAACUAUGAAACAGCAUUAGCACAUACACUAGUUAAAGAAUCUAAGUAUCUUGAAGCACUUAACAAAUACAAACUAUUGGAAAAUAAAUCUAAAGAAAUUCUUAAUCAAAUGAUUAUUUGCUAUGAAAACUUAUUAGAGAAUGAUAAAGAAAAGUUUAGUAAAGAAUUUGUUGAUGUGUUAUCAGAUUAUAUAAAUCGUUUUGUUGAUAAUAAGAAAGAAUUAUCUUUUUAUGUUAAUAAGAGAUUAAAUCUUAUUGAGAAUUUUAAUCUAGAUAAGGAAAGUUAUGUAUAUUUAAGAUCAGCCUUUAAGGAUUUAUUUAUAUUAACGAUUAGUGAUAAAAAAGAUGAAAAUAUUAAUGAGAAAGCUAAAAAAUAUCUUGUUCAACUAACAAAUAUUCAAGUAGCAAAAUUUCAACCUUUGGGUGAUGUGUCUGAUAUUAAAUUCAAGGAUUUUUUUAGUUUAUUGCCGUUAUUCUUUGAAAUUAUUCCUAACGAUUUUAUUAGAAAAGGUGAUUUUAAUGCUAUUUAUAAACAUUUAGUUAAUUCUAAAUCAAUUAGUGAAAAUUUGGUCUUAAAGGGUAUCUUUAAUUACAUUAAGGGUCAACAUGAAUUAUCUUCUACAUUUUAUGAAGUUUCAGAUUCUAAGUUAGCCCCUCUCUUAAAGAUUUUAUCUUAUUCAACUUACAAAACUGUUGAUGAAUAUAAACUAGAUGAGAUUAUUGAAUCUAAUAAGGAAAGUAAAUCAAAAUAUUUGACUUCAUUGAUUAUAGCUGCUAAAAUCUGUGAAGAGUAUAAUGAUAUACCCAAGUUAGAAUUAUAUCUCAACAAAGCAUUGGAAAUUAUCGAUAAAGAAUGUAUAUUUAAACUGGUUAAACCUGCUUUAAAUAAUCUUAAACUUAUAACUCUGAUCAAAUUAAAAGAUCAUAAAGCUGUAGUUAAUUUCAUUAAUGAAAAUAUUAAAAAGGUGAAAAAUACCGGUGUUUGGUAUAAAGAUAAUGCAUUCAUUAACUUCUUCUGUAUAUCAACUGAAUACUCUCUUGCAAAUAAAGAUUAUAAGUUAGUUAGUGAAUUAUACGAAAAAUUUAGUAUUUUUAAUGAUACGAGAAUUUCCUUAUUUAAAAGUAUAAUAUCAAUUGAAUUUAACAAAAAUGAUUAUUAUAGCGAGUCAGCACAAGUUAGAGAGUUAGAAAGAAUUUUUAAAAAGGAUUGUAAUGAAGAGUGUAAUUAUUUCUUGGAUAGAGCAAUUGAUCAAGAUCCUAAAUACUUUAAGAAUUACAUCUAUUAUGGUAACUAUCUCAUGGGCACAGAACAGUCAUUAUCAUUCUAUUCAAAAGGAUUAGCAUGUGCAACUGAUAGAUCUGAAAUAUAUUCAGUAUUUCACUUAUUAAUUGUCACAGAAAUACAAAUAGAAGUUCUUAAGAGUGAUAUUGGUAGGUUAUUAAUAGAAUAA